CGAACUUUUCUUCGUCGUACAAGAAAAACAGUAACAGUAGAUAGAACUAUAAUUUUAAGCCAUGGGUUUUAUUCGACACGUCGUGUGCGCCAUGUCAGGCGGCGUCGACAGUUCCGUCGCAGCGCUGUUACUGAAGAGAAGAGGUUACAGUGUCACAGGGGUUUUUAUGAAAAACUGGGACCUGGUUGAUGAGACAGGGGUGUGUACGACAGAGAGAGAUUGUGAGGACGCCUACAGAGUGUGUCAGAGCCUGGACAUCCCCUUCCAUCAAGUGUCUUUUAUCAAAGAGUACUGGAACGAAGUCUUUAGCAACCUACUGAAUGAAUAUGAGAAGGGCCGGACACCAGUCCCUGACAUACUAUGCAACAAGCUCAUUAAAUUCAACCAUUUCCACAAGUAUGCUGUCAAAACUCUGGGUGCUGAUGCCAUGGCAACAGGCCACUACGCCAGGACGUCACAGGAAGACGAAGAGGUUUUCCAACAGACGCACGCGGCUCCGCCUACCACGCUCUUCAGAGAUCGGUUUGAAAUCAGAAAUCCGGUGAGGUUGUACAAAGGAGCCGACCUCCUCAAAGACCAAACCUUCUUCCUCAGUCAGAUCCCCCAGGAUGCCUUGCGACAAACCAUGUUCCCACUGGCCGGACUCACCAAAGACUUUGUCAAAAAGAUUGCUGCAGAGGCUGGGUUUCACCAUGUGCUGAAGAAGAAAGAGAGCAUGGGCAUCUGCUUCAUUGGAGAGAGACACUUUGAAGAGUUUAUUUUGGAGUAUCUGGAACCUAAACCAGGGAACUUUGUCUCCAUUGAGGAUGGAUCUGUGAGGGGAACACACAAAGGCUGGUUCACUCUGACGCUGGGUCAGAGGGCGAGGAUCAGAGGGCAGAGACAUGCGUGGUACGUGGUGGACAAAGACAUCGCUACCGGAGACGUGUUUGUGGCUCCAACUACCAAUCACCCGUCUCUUUUCCGCGACACGGUGCGGACCGACCGUUUCCACUGGGUGACAGUCGACCCACCUCCUGAACUCGCCAGGACGCAGAUGAUGGAGUGUCACUUCCGCUUCAUCCAUCAGAUGCCGCUCAUUCCCUGUACAGUGACACUGAACAUGGACGGCUCUGUGUGGAUCUCACUCUCCCAGCCAGUCAGAGCUCUGACACCUGGACAGUUUGCUGUGCUCUACAAAGGAGACGAGUGUCUGGGUAGUGGGAAGAUGAUCCAACUGGGGCCCAGUGAAUACACACUCCAGCGAGGAAGGGAGCGACUGAUAGCAGCCACUCAGCACAAAGAGCAGCAGACGCCUGAACCAACGACCUGAGGCGAUGCAGAAACAAGCUCUGUCCGGUACAAUAGGUAGAGCACUCUGUGAUUGAAAGUUAACUGUGUUUCCUGAUCUAGAGGCCAUAUUGGAGGCUGUAAACAGUUGAUUUUUAAACCUCUCCAUGUCAAUAGCACUGAUGACACAAGGACAAAAGGGUUUAAUUUCAGUGUUUUUAUGAUCUAUUAGCUGCUCAGUUUAACCAUCAGCAUCCAAACCAAAGUGUGUUUUAAAGUGGAGACUAGAUAAUAAUUAGAUGGUUUACUGAGUAACAGUAACCUGAUUUUGAAAAGGUUUUCUGACAGUUCAUUUUUCAGGAACAGUCUGUUUUAUUCUGCUUGUAAUAUAAACAGUUUACAACUGAAGGCUCAUGAUGACAUCAGGUUAUUAAGGCAAAAACAUCAGAAAAGAUAAUCUGGUGCAUGUUUUUAAGAAGGGCUGGAUGUCUCUGUUUUGUCAUGUAAGAAAACAAAUCAAGCUCAUCAAGCUGAAAAAAGUAUUCCAUUUUAAAAUGUGUCAUCAUGUAUUUGCCGAGUUUUUGUACUCACACAGUCAGUCAGUACUCGAUGCUAUGGCCUGUGGUCUGGAACAAAGGCUGGCAGUCUGAGCCCUUCAUUGUUGUUCUCUGUAAUAGUAGGAAAACUGUCACUGACCCAGGGAGACUGAGGCAUACAGUAGGAGGUUAUGUUGGGAUUUGAUUCCAAGCUAGCAGAGUGAACUGCUCAUGUCCAUCUGAGAUGGGAUGCCACAAACAUUUUACUGUCUUGACUGUGAAUGAAAGGGACUCUAAUAUUUUCUUGUUUUUUUUUUUUCAGUAUAAAAAAUGUCUCAUUGUUUUCCAUGCAUUUCUCUCCUGUCCUUGGCUAUAAAUCAACUGUCACUCAGAAUCAGAAUCCUUUUAUUGUCAUCACACAGUGUACAACAAAAUUCUAGCAGCAUCCGAGUCUUUCACACAACAUAAACUAGAUGUUUAUGUUUUAUGAACACUCAUGUUCAUCUUUCCUCUGUGCUGACUGCCGAUGUACAGUACAUUAGUAACGAUGUUAAUCUGUGACUGUACUUGGUUCUUUGAAGCAUCAUCAGAGAAGUUCUUUUUUGUUUAUGCUUUGAUAACUUAACGUAAAUACUUUUGUACAAAAGAAAAAAUAACUAUUUGUGUUAUUUUUCAGCUUUCUCCACUAAGGAGAAAAUACAUUUUAAAGCCAUUUGAUGGUGAACAUUAUUAGGGAAAUGGUUUCCUUAAAGCAUGCCAAGUUAGAGACUGCAAAUAAAUAUGAUGUAAAGAAACAAAUACAGUGUUAUUUGUUAUUUUACACAUUUUGAGACAGUUUGCCAGUUGGUUCAAUGAACAAUUAAACUGUUAGACUUGUCAUUGCUCAACUGUUUCAUACUUCCAUAUAUGUUGUUCGAAAACAUCCUAUUGGAAAACUUGAAGUGCCUUUUCUUUUAAGAGGGCAUUGUUGUUGGUUGUGGAACAUGAGUUCUUCCUCAUGCACAAACAGUAAAUACUUGAACAUUUAUAAAUGAGUGAAUAAACCUAAGAAAUUA